AUGUCUUCAAAACGACUAAGAGUAGAAGACUACCGUGUAGCCUGCAUCACGGUUAUUCCUGCAGAAUAUGCCGCAUUUGAACAAAUGUUUGAUCAUACACACGGACAGCCAAUUGGAAUUGACAGAGGAGACCUAAAUCAUUACGAAUAUGGUGACGUCGCGGGUCACAAUGUGGUUCUCUGCGCUGCCGCACGGCCUGGGACGAACAACGCAGCAAUCACAGCAACUGAGGUCCGGCGCACCUUUCAUAACCUCAAGUUCGGCCUCCUCGUUGGUAUCGGCGGGGGCGUACCCAACGGUAGCUGCGAUAUUCGCCUCGGCGAUGUCGUCGUUGCCGCUUCGGAUGGAACAUCCAACGGUAUCACACAUCACGAUCACGGAAAGCAGUUAUCGGAUGCUUUCAUUUUGCUGAACUAUCCUGUGGUCACCCCGAGGGUGCUUGAGGGUGUUAUAUGUGCAGUGCGGGCAUCCGAUAUACUCGAUGCGAGCGCAAUUCCCCAGAUCAUUUCAGCCGUGACGAAGAAGUACCCAAAAUUCCAGCGACCUGACAACGAGCACGAUCUUCUCUUUAAAGCUGCCUACGAACAUAUUGCUGGAAACUUCGACUGCGACGAAUGCGCCAAGGAGCAAUUAGAAGAUCGCGCUCCUCGUGAAAGUCUUGUCCCCCAUGUCCACUACGGCCCCAUAGCAUCGGGCAACCAGGUCGUCAAAAGCGCGGAGAAACGGGAGUUCUUGCGCCAGUCAUACGGUGUCUAUUGUAUCGAGAUGGAAGCAGCCGGCGUUAUGCCCACCCUGCCUUCUCUCGUUAUUCGGGGUAUCAGUGAUUACGCAGACUCGCACAAGAACGAUCGCUGGCAGAAUUAUGCAGCCCUUGCGGCAGCGGCUUAUGCGAAGGACCUGUUGACUAGGAUAUCGCCUUCUGAUUCUACGAGCGGUAGAGAUGUAAGCUCGUCUGGCACCGCCGGACAACCUGCAUCUACCGUAGCCCGUAACCCAAAGCUCGAGGAUCUACUGGAGCACAGAGGCCGGCAAAUUGGUGCCAAAGACUGGAGGUCGUCAAUCGUGGAUCUCCUUAAGGUCCUCGGCCUAAAGUCGGAUGGGGCUUCGCGCAAUGAUCUCGCCGCUAUAUUACAAGUCAGAGAAGGAUUAAGCGGAUCUGCGAAACGGAAUAAUGCGCUACGGCGUGCUCUUAUGGAUUGUUUGGUGGUUGAGGAUGGGGAUGUCGUUUCCCCUAACAGUCUGGACGCGCUGCGAUACUGA